UGGUAACAUGCAGUACAUUGGAUUAUGGAUGUACAAUCCCAUCUUUGAAUAUUUCUGAUGAUGGAGAUGUUUGGCGUUGUUCAGUUCCGAAUCAAGUGGUCACCACAUACAGCAACUCCCUGAGAAUAAAUGUAACAGAUAGUUUGCGAAAUGUUUUAAAUAUACAGAGUGCAGACCACACACCACCCAUUGCAAUAUCAUCGAAUACAAGACUACCCCGCCCGUUCGUCCGUCCGGACGUCCGACCGUAAAGACAAGAUGGCAAGUUUUCUAUCGGCCUUCAACGAGCUGUAUUCAAACGCGAAUAGUGAUGACAAUGAAACAUAUGUAGAAUGCGUGACCCGACUCCCCGACGACACAUUUCAUUAUUGGCUUCUCUUGCCAUCGUCGCUGCUGACGCUGCUUCUGUCCUUCUCCUUCCGGCGACGGAACAUGUGCCUCUCGUGUCUGGGUGGCCGCCCCGGCGCCGUUUUCCCCAUGGAUCUCCUGGGAAAAUCAAACCGGACAUCAUACGCGGCCGCAUGGGGCGCUAUUUCAUUUCUUGUAGCCCAAAUGGUGUUCGGAAGUACCAAUAUCGUCAAUCUAGAGGGACCUAACUACGUCACCAUCUGGAACAAGAUUCUGUCGGUGAUUGUGUUAGCCGUGGGUUAUUUUCCCAUGUUUGCUGCGCUGGCCCUUGAGUCUGUCGUCGGCUACAUGGUGGCAACGCUUUAUACCUGGGCGCUGUUUGGGAUCGAUAUCUACAAAAUCUUCGAGUGUGACCUUAUACUGUCGGCCCGGAUGCUCGUAAUAGCCCGUGACCUGCCCAACCUGCUCUGUCUGGGUUACCUGUGUGUAAGUCUCCCCGUGCGCAUCGUGCAGGCGCUCCGCCGGCGCUCUAUUGGGUUUUACUCGUCAGCGGAAAUGGUUUCCAUUCUCAAUAUGGACAAAGAUGUUGAGAACACAGCGGAAGCAGAACACGUCCGCGCACUGCUCCGUCCGCCAAAACCGGAAAGGGAGCCACCAGUUGGAAUAGGAGCCAAGGUCAUGAACCUAGGGAAAGCAAUCACCAAGAAACUCCUAUACAGUAACAAACACAAAUUCCGUUACUCCUCCAGGAUCCUGUCUGUUAUGCUAAUGGGGGUCCUGCUUGUAUACAAGGUUUCGCUAGAAGCCUUCGUCACGGGCUUGUCAACAAUAGAAAUGAUUAAGCGAGGUUUUGAUGUAACCAUAGACACGAUAGGGGAGGAGCCUUACCCUGGGGAGGAGGAAUGGAUAACCGAUACCCGGGAGGGCAUCUUCUUUUUAAACUUCCUUCUUUUCAACAUAAGAAUCGUCUUCAUCGUUUCCCUUACAUUAACACUGGUGACAGGGCUUGUGACAAUAAUUCACAUGCUGGCUUCAUACAGGGAGAAUUUGCUGGACCUAUACCGCGGAGACAACACCCAUAUUCCACACAGGUCCACCAUGAGUAACUCCUCACUCCUCGUUGGUAGUAUGCGCUAUGCUGGUUACCAAGUGUCCUAUAUUGCUUGGGGUUACGUCCUCCACUUUGCCAUUCUGUUCAUCGUGUGCUUUGCGUUGUGUGUCGUUAUCACAUUGCUUAUUUUUGGAGUCUACAGCUGGAUUCUUUGGAUACUGGAAGCCGUAUGGCCGGCCUUGUUAAUGACGAUACUGCUAAUGAUGCUACAGAAACUGUCGGCUUCCCUGGCGUUCCUACAAGGGCGUGGCCUAUACCUAGCAAUCGAAAACAGACGGGUGCUUUUCAUUUUUUCCUUCUUUAUGUUCUUCUACAACAUCUUUAUCGGGUUCGUUUCCUGCCUUCUCCGCAUCAUUAAAUCUAUCGUGAUUGGCGCGCUCAUGCUGCCUCGCCUCGAUAACAGUGCUCUGCCAAGGCGCUUCCAGAUGAUGGACCCCGGUUUCGUUGCAUAUUGCGGGUUUGUGACCCUGGAGGCGUCCCACACGCACCCUGUCUUGGUCAUGUUCUUGAGACUGCUUAUGUCAGAGAAGGAGAAGCGAGAUAAGAAAGCCCUGGAAGAAGAUCCGGAGAAAUACGAGAAGGUGGUUGAGAAAACAAGAGCCUUCAUUCGAGCAAGAAUACGUUGGCAGACAGCGUACUCGAUCCUGAACAACCCAGCAUUGAGAGCAUACCGCAAAUCUCAGAUGGAUUAUGUGAAACAAAUGCAGGAACGUCUGUCCAAGCUGUAUUUCAUAGACAAGAAACAAGCCGGUGAGUUGGUGAAAAAGAUCGACGCAGCUGGAAUGGACGCAAAUGAUGUUGAAGACAUGAUUAACAGCGGUGUUGAUAUAAAUGAAGCGGCCAAGAAAAACUGGAGUAAAGCGUUGGUUAUGGGUGGGUUCAUGCAGAGAAUGCAAAGAGAUAUGAUGAUGAAAAAGGGUAUGUUUGCGGUUGAUAGUGAAAACACAACAGUCAACACUGCUCAUAGUAAAACUCAUAUCAAUGGUGGGUAUGUUCAUGAUACCGUUACAAGUGAAAACGAUGUUAAAGUGUACGAACAGACACCCCAGAACAGGUGGAAAAUGGCAACGUUUAAUGCAUUAACCAAAGAGAAUGAAAACAAACAAAAUUAUGAAGCCUCAACAGAAUUAUAAUAUCAUGGUUUGCUGACUAUUAAAUCCAGGUUACUUAAUAUACAUAUCAUUUGCAAUUUAGAAAUCGUAGGUUCAUUAUAUGAUUUUAUAUUUCUUUAUACUUUUGUAUUUUAUCUUUGUUUUCUUUUUUAAACCUGCUUACAUUUACAUAUGUUUUACAUAGUGUCUUUGCCGUUCGAAAAUGCGACAUAUAGGCAACAUUGUCCGCUUUGUCAUGAUCUGUUAUUUACCGAACUUAUUACUUUGAGAGUUGUUUUCUUCUAUUGAAAGGGUGGUAUUCUAGCAAUUACGAAAUUAAGUUGAACUUCGAGUCCGUUUCUGUUUACACUAUACUUAUAUAUAUUUAGAUACCAAUUGUGUAUGCUAACAGAUUGAUUAAAUACUGCUUUAUAGUACUAUCAAGUACUACUAUCUCAUAAAGUAGUGCUAUAUACCAGAAUUUGCUUAAAGACUGCACAUUUGACCGGGCAUUAAAGAAACAUUUAUAUUGAGCAUCCAGUAUUGUAGUGAUGUUUGAUUUACCAAUAUGCUGUUAAUUGUGAAAUAUAGUUGUUGCUGUUUUAAAAAAUACUUUGAUCCACAAUUUUAUACAACUGUGGUUUAAUGAUAAAGAUUCCAAUAUUAUUCUCUCUCUCUCUCUCUCUCUCUCUCUCUCUCUCUCUCUCUCGUUUAUAACUAUUUUAAACCGGACUUUUUAGUAUGUAUACUAUUUAGACAUUGUUUUAACGUAGCAGACGGUAAAUUACGAUGAUGAGGAUGUGUGUGCAUAGAUAGAGAACGGUAACUGGUAGAUGUAAACAGGGUUGACUGAAAUCAGGCAUCGUGUCAGUCGUGUAACUCAUGGGAGUUAGAAGAUGAGUAUUACUCCGCGUUCGGAAGAAAUCUAUGAAAAGACAUUAUUUGGUGAAUCCAAGUGCAUAUAAACUGUUACAACUGCUAAACAUAUGAACCGAUUUUGAAAUGGUUGAUCUUUGCUAUAUAUAGAAAAGGAGUUAGUCAUUAGAAAUAAAGUUCAAAUCAUUCAAUAAA